GUUUUUUCCUCUUUUUUUCCAAUAAAGAUAUGGUUUAAAAAGUUCAACUUGAUGGUUGUUAAACAAAAGAAAAAAAUUGAGCUGGAUCAAAAAUGGGCCUACCGUUUUCCCGGUCAAGGGUAGAGCCUCGUGCAGAACGUCGCCAUGUAAGGUUGUCCUUCAACAAAGGGACAAAGAGGAAAAUCAGUGACCCAGAGCCCUACAAUGAUGAUCCUUCACUUCCCAUCAAAAGAGUCAGAGUUCCAGAGACAGGAAAUUUCAUUUACGACACUCUGUUCAAAGCCGGAGUUGGAUCCGAUGUCACAGUGAAAGCUUUGGGCCAGGAAUGGAAGUUGCAUCGAAUUUAUUUACAGCAGAGCCCAUUUUUUCAAGCCAUGUUCCACGGAGGUUGGAAAGAUGCGGAUAAUGACGUGGUGGAACUCAAGAUCGUCGAUGGCCGGGUUUCAGCGCAGGGACUGGACAUAGCCCUAGGGUCUAUGUAUCACGGAGAAGUGGACAUACCGAGAGAGGCCAUAGUGAACGUUGUCGCAGCUUGUAGGCUCCUGCAGUUGGAGCAUUUGCUUGCGAAAUGUGGUGAUUUGAUGGUUGGCGCUGUGAAUGGUGAUAAUGCUGUGUCUUUCCUGGCUGCUGGUGAUAUGUACGGAGUAGGGUCAGUUAAAACAGCCGCCUUGACCUGGCUAGCUCAAAAUGCCUUCCCCAUUUCAAACGCGGACCAAAGCCGGUGCCUUGCUGUCAUAUGGAAUCUCUCCUUGGACACCCUAGAAACAGUGCUGGCCAGUGAAGACCUGGUGGUCAUCCCGUGUGAGAUGAUACUUUACAGCAUGCUGUGUGUCUGGGUGUACAUUCAAGAGGCCCAAGUCAAGUCCUUGGGCGAUGGAGAAGACGGGGUCAGAGUCAUCAUGAACGAUGCCAUCGAUUUCUUUCUGAAAAAGCAAGGUACUCCAUUCUUGCUCACCGCAGAAGGGCGGAAAUAUGGAAAGAUCUUUGAGCUGAUCAAAGUUCAUCAGUUGGUCAUGCAUCCCCUGGAUGUGCAGUGUUUGAGGAGGGACAAUGUCUUGGACCCUGACACCAUCUACCGCACCAUUGAAACCCAGUGGAUCCGGCAACUGCACUUGAGUGUGGAAAGGCCACUGUCAACUGUGGAAAUGCCCAGUUUGAAUGUUUAUGGUGACCAAGCUGUUCACACCAGAGAUGGUGGGAAUUGGAUGGGCCUGAAGCCCAUCAAGGACACCGGCAUUUGGGCAGAAGAGAUGAGCGAAACUGAGCGAUUUUUGCACAUGGACAUGGAGUCGUGCGAAUUGUCCAACGAAUCCAUUCUCAUCGUGUGCGUCGACUUGCUUGAGCCCAUUGUGCAGAGAGAUCCGUUAUGCAAGACAUCCAUGAUCCGGGUUAUUGCAGCAGUCUCUCAAGAUGGCGCCACCAUCACAUGGUGUCCAGCAGAAGAUGAGAUUCCAUCAUGGCUGCUGAAGAUGCAAGUUCAGUCAAUGGUGGCUGAGGCUGCUGGGGCUGCCUUCUUGGGGGAGUCAACUUGGGCAACCCUGUGGGUGGCACAGCUGCUGAUGCUGGGGGUCUUGCUGGAGGAUACUCCCUGUGAAGCACUGGAGGAGGAGAGGGGGUUGUUGGUGGUUGUGGUGGUGGUUGUGGGGGUGCCCACUGCUGGUCAUGGAAAGAGGGUGGCUGCUGGUUUUGCUGCUGAGGCCCACCAACCAUAG